AUGUCUAAAUUAAGAACUAUCGACUCAUUCUUCAAAAGAAAAGAAGUUGAUACUCCAGAAAAUUCUUCUAAAAUUCCAAGGAUUGAACUUGAGGAAAAUCCUGAUCUUAACUCUCCAAUUGUGGAGUCUGAAGAUAUUCAUUUUACAUCGUCAACUCUUUAUUCUAAAGAGAUUGAUAUAUUUUCUCUACAACGAUAUCCAGGAUUACGUCCUCCUAUGUGGGACUAUCCAGUCAAUCAACGUGAUGAAAUAAGAAGAGCUUACUUGAAAAUGGGUCCAUAUCAGAUACAUCUCUCUAAAUAUCCAUUUUCUGGUUCUAAAAAGCAUCCUCGCCGCUUUCAAGCUUCUUGGUUUGUACAAUUUGCAUCUUGGCUAGAGUAUUCUCCAUCAAAAGAUGCUGCAUAUUGUUUACCUUGUUAUCUUUUUACAAUGAAAGCAUCUCAACGUUCUGGAUGGGAUGUAUUUACUGCCAUUGGAUUUAGAAAUUGGAAGAAGAUUAAUGAUGGAAAACAUUGUGCAUUUUUUAAUCAUAUUGGGGAGGAUCCUUGCUCUUGUCAUAAUAAUGCUGUGAAAGCUGGUGAGGAUUUAUUAAAACAAUCACAACAUAUUGAUAAAGUAAUGAAUACACAAAGCUCCGAGCAAAUUCUCAACAAUCGACUCCGAGUAAAAGCAUCUACUGAUAUUGUUCGAUGGCUUGCAUUUCAAGGAUGUGCCUUUAGAGGUCAUGAUGAGACUCCUGAUUCAAAAAAUCGAGGUAAUUUUCUUGAGAUGCUUAAACUCUUGGCUUCGUAUAAUGACAAGGUUGGAAAACUUGUUUUAGAAAAUGCUCCUAAAUCUUCAAAGUAUACUUCACCCAAAAUUCAAAAAGAGAUUUUGGAAGUUCUUGCAAAGAAAGUGAGAAAUAAAAUUCGUGAAGAUGUUGGAAAUUCUAAAUUUUGUAUUAUUGUUGAUGAGGCACGAGAUGAGUCUAAGAGGGAGCAAAUGGCUAUAAUCUUGAGAUUUGUUGAUGAUGAUGGUUUUAUACAAGAACGAUUUUUUGAUCUUGUACAUGUUAAAGAUACAUCGGCAUUGACUCUAAAGAAUGAAAUAUCUGUUGUUCUUUCUCAUCAUUGUCUUGAUAUUCAAAAUAUUCGUGGGCAAGGGUAUGAUGGUGCUAGUAAUAUGUGUGGUGAAUGGAAAGGAUUGCAAUCAUUAUUUCUUAAAGAUUGCCCAAGUGCGUACUAUAUACAUUGUUUUGCUCACCGAUUACAGUUAGCAUUAGUUGCUGCAUCUAGAGAGGUAGUUUUUGUUCAUGAGUUUUUCUCAAAUUUGAAUUUCAUUAUUAAUGUGGUGGUCGUUUCAUGUAAACGUCAUGAUGACCUGCAAGCUGCUCAGGCAACACAAAUUGCACAUAUAAUAGCUAUUGAUGAACUUGAAAGUGGAAAAGGAGCUAACCAAAUUGGCACUGUCAAACGAGCAUGUGAUUCUCGUUGGGGUUCUCAUUUUUAUUCUAUUUGCAGUCUACUACAAAUGUUUGGAGCCACUUGCUCGGUGCUUGAAAACAUAAUAAAAGAAGGAUCCACUUACUCUCAACGCGGGGAUGCAAAUGCUGCUUAUAAAAUGAUUACAUCAUUCCAAUUUAUAUUUAUUUUACAUUUAAUGAAGGAAAUCAGGGGUAUUACUGAUGUUCUUACUCAAGUUUUGCAGCAAAAAUCUCAAGACAUUUUGAAUGCCAUGAAUAUGGUUUCUACUACAAAAGGACUCAUUCAAAAAUUGAGAAAUGAAGGUUGGGAAAAUCUACUUGAGAAUGCUGUCUCUUUCUCCAAGAAAUUUGAUAUUGACAUUCCAGAAUUGAGCUCUCGUUAUGUACAAGGCCGUGGUCGUCAUCAACGAGAUCACAUUACGAUAGAACAUCAUUAUCAUUUUGAAAUAUUUAAUGCUACUAUAGAUUUUCAAAUGCAAGAGCUUGACAGUAGGUUUGGUGAAGGAGCAACAAAGCUUUUAGCCCUUAGCUCAGCUUUGGAUCCAAAGAAUGCAUAUAGAUCCUUUAAUAUUGAUGAUAUCUGUUGUCUUGCAGAAAAGUAUUAUCCUCUUGAUUUUUCUGAGAACGAGAAAAUUAAUUUAAGGUUUCAAUUGAAGCAUUUUGAAGUUGAUGUGCUUACUAAUCCGAAGUUUCAGAGUCUGUCAUCCAUUGCAGAUUUAUGUCGAAGAUUGGUAGAGACAGAGAAAUCAAAAACAUACCAUCUUAUUGAUAGAUUGAUUCGUCUUGUUUUGACUCUUCCAGUAUCUACAGCGACCAGUGAACGAGCAUUUUCAGCUAUGAAGAUUGUUAAAACAAGACUUCGCAACAAAAUUGAAGAUGAGUUUCUAGCAAAUAAUUUAGUUGUCUAUAUUGAAAGAGAAAUAGCUAAGAAUUUUGAUUUAGAUUCAAUACUUGAUGAUUUUGUUUCUUUAAAAGAACGCAAG